AUGCUACCAGACGGUCCUUUGAAUGCAUCUGUUGGUGGGACUGUGAUGCUCAGAACAAACGUGAAUCCAACAGAAGAACCAUUUCUGUCACUAAUCUGGACUUUUGAUGGCGUCACCCCAGUAAUAAACUCACUGUCCGACAGGAAUGUUACUGCUCCUGAGUAUGAAGGCAGGAUCAGUCUCUUCAGAUCCACUGGAUCUCUGAAACUCAGGAAUCUCAAAUUAAGUGACAGUGGAGAGUACAGACUUAACAUUUUAACAGCUGAUGCUUUGCAAAUAAUAGGACGCACCAGAGUGGACAUUUAUGAGCCAGUAUCUAAUGUAGCAGUAACAGCACAAAGUUCAGACUUGGUUGAGUUCAACAGUUCUGUCCGUCUGUCCUGCUCCUCCUCUGGUUCUUCUCUCUCCUUCCUCUGGAUGAACAGCAGCUCUGAGGUUUCAGUCAGUGACAGAGUUCAGAUUUCUGAUGGAGGAUCCAAACUGACUAUAGUCAAUGUAACUCGCUAUGACCAGGGACUGUACAGCUGUCAUGUGUCCAAUCCUGCCAGUUCUGGAGUUAGUAAUCAAGCAAACCUUUUUAUCAGCUGCUAA